UUAGCAAUUUUGCUCAUUGCUCACAUUUCUGAAUUGGGUUUGAAGCAAUGGAAAACCAUGAGGGAAAACUUGGGAGGUUUUCUAGCUGCAGAGGUGUAGCUUUCGAGAUUAAACCUCAUGCAGACCCCUUUGCCAUCCCUACGGCCGCCAUGGACAGCGGCCGGAGCAGCAAACGCUCUUGGUUUCCAUGGGGAAGCCUUUCCAAGAGAAUAGUCCCUAAUUAUGGAGAUCUGAUGCAGAGAUCCACGAGCCACGCUAGCAGCCAUUUCUGCGACCUUGAGCUUGAAGACGACGACGACGAUGACGCCGCCACUUUGCCCGACAUUGAAGAAGGCCGUGAGUACGAGAAAGCGGACCCCGUUCCCCUCCCGCUUGCACUCCCUCCGGCGAAAAGUAAACGAGAAAAGCCAAAACCGCCGCCGUCGUCGAGAUUAUCGGUGAUACUUCUUGAUCAAGGCUUGUUCACUGUUUAUAAACGUCUCUUUGUAGUCUCCUUGGCGGUGAACAUCACGCUCUUGAUUUUCGCCGCCACCGGAAACUUCGGGUACGCGCGGCAAAGACCCGCGUUGUUCUCAAUCGGGAACAUCCUAGCAUUAACGUUGUGCAGAAGCGAAGCGGUCCUACGUGUCGUUUUCUGGCUCGCUGUGAACUGCUUGGGAUGGUCGUGGGUCCCUCUCCGCCUCAAAACGAUGACCACCUCACUCCUACAAUCCCUCGGCGGAAUUCACAGCAGUUGCGGCAUUUCCGCCGUGGCCUGGCUUAUUUACGCGUUAGUCCUUACGCUGAAAGACAGAGAAAACACUUCCCCGGAAAUUAUCGCCGUCGCCUCCGCCAUUCUCUCCUUACUCGUCCUGUCUUGCAUGGCGGCGUUCCCCCUAGUCCGCCACCUCCACCACAAUAUUUUCGAGAGGACCCACCGCUUCACCGGAUGGUCGGCGUUAGGUCUUCUCUGGGCUUUCAUCAUCUUAACAAUCUCGUAUGAUCCUACGACAGAAUCAUACAGUAACGAUAUCGGUUCCAGGCUGGUCAAACAACAAGAAUUCUGGCUCACACUGGCCAUAACAAUCUUAAUUAUCCUUCCAUGGAUAACAGUGAGACGCGUCCCCGUUAGGAUAUCCUCCCCUUCCGGUCAUGCAUCGAUCAUAAAGUUCGCCGGAGGGAUCAAAGCGGGAAUUCUAGGAAGAAUCAGCCCGUCGCCGUUCUCCGAAUGGCACGCAUUCGGCAUAAUUUCCAACGGGAAAGACGAGCACAUGAUGUUAGCCGGCGCCGUCGGGGAUUUCACGAAAUCCCUAGUCGCAAACCCUCCAUCCCACCUUUGGGUCCGGCAGGUGCACUUCGCCGGACUUCCUUACCUAACAAACAUGUACAACAGAAUUCUGUUAGUGGCGACCGGUUCCGGAAUUUGCGUGUUCUUGUCGUUCCUAUUACAGCCCUGCUCCGCCGAGGUCUGCUUGCUCUGGGUGACUAAGGGAGUCGAGCAGAAUUUCGGGGAAGAGAUCAAAAGAAUGCUGAGUGGGCACCCAAAGGAGAAGGUGAUCAUUCACGACACCGCGGUGCUGGGGCGGCCGAAUGUGUCUCAGAUGAGCGUCGAUACGGCCAAAAGAUGGGGAGCGGAGGUGGUGAUAGUCACCAGCAACCCCGAAGGGAGUAGGGAUGUGGUGGAUGCCUGUAAGGCCUCGGGCAUUGCUGCAUUUGGUCCUAUUUGGGAUUCUUAAUUCCUGAAAAUUUCGGGAUAACAAUUAAUUUGUUAUAUAUAUAUAUAAUAUGCUUGCAAGCAGUUCUACAUAAUUGUACUUGUAAUUUAUUUGGUUUAAUUUUUUUCUUGUUCCUGUGUGCAAUAAGGAAUGUAUGCUUACUUUCAUGGAAUUGGAUUUCCUGAUUUAACUUCCUAA